GCGAUCGUACGGCGCCCAAGUCGUCUCUAGGGGCUUUCGGUACGAGAGUUUGCAUGUAGCUGCUUGCUGCCAGCUAUAUACUUUCGCAACGGGAAAUUAGAACCACCUUCCGAGCUAUUGAGAGUAUGAGGCGGAGUCACGAAGGGUGAGCCCCUGACCGUUACGUCAUCCGCUCCCCCUUCCAUAGCGGAAGAGACAGUGAAUUGACGACUUAGAACGUCACACCCGCGCAAUUCAUUCCCGAGCCCUACCUCAUCUCCGAAAUCGGGAGCAUAAGUCUAGCCACAGCCCUAACAACGAACAUUGUGCGCGGGCAACGUCACGUUACGGGAGCAUUCACCGCGCUACAUGCCAAGCUCCAAUCAGCUCCGUGCGCCCGCCUGCCCCACUCCAAUACAAUGCUCGAGCCUAGCCUCACCUUUGUCCUUACCUGCUCCCGCUAACGCGACUCGCUGCGACCUAAGUCAACCCCGACCGCAACGGCGAUUUCAGCAGAUUCAAGCCAAACCACACAUGCACAUCCUGCAUUCUUCUAUCCUCAGCACCACGGCGUCUGCUCCACGAAUUUCUGCGCAGAAGAUGUCUCACCUUCGCGCUGGCCCCGCUCAGCAAUCCAUGAGCGACCAAGCUGUCAAGGAGCUCGCGAUGUCGUGGCUGAAGUCAAACAUUGACGGGCAUGCUGGGUUCGCGACCUCCUUUUCCGGGCCUGUGACCUUCACCAUCCGCGACUCGUCCGGCAACACUCCCACGCUCAAGUUCACCCUCUCAAUCCACCCGCCGCCGCCGACUAUCGACGAUUCCUCGUCUUCUACUCCUCCCCGCACGCAAUUCGCCUGUGGUAGCAAUGGACUCGUCCAGGUGUACGACCCGCUCACGAACUCGCUCCUAUUCUUCAACGAUGGCCCUUUCUCUUGCGGAGACCAGAACUCCCUAGACCCCUGGCUCGAGACCUUCUCGGUGAAGUCGGAGUGGGAUGACGACGCGAACCCACGAGCAUAUGAACGCCUAGAUUGGCAGGACCGGCCGGUGGAAUCAGACAAGGCGGACCUCAAGGCCAUGCUGGAGAAGACAGCUUGGCGGCCUCCUGAGUUCUAUAGCAAGCCCAACGACCUCAGCUACUGGGCUAAGCUGCGGAAGAAGGAUGGCUCGAACUGGCUGAUGGAGGAGCUGACCUGGGGCCGCUAUGAAUCAAAGGGCCUGACCGAUCGCGUCAACAUCCUCCGGCGAAAGGCUGCCAAGCAGGGCGUGUUUCGUCGGGAGUACGAGUUGGAUACUGAGCGGGAGUGGGGAGUGAACGAUGAAGCUCGGCCAUGGCUCUCCGACUCCGAGGAGAAGCAAUUGAACGACGAGAGCUGUGAUUACCCGCAGGUGAACAAGGAUGCGGCGCAAUCAGUAGUGCUACAGGAAUUGCGCGAUGAUGCGAGCCGUGCGAAGCUUGUGGGCUACAAUCCGGUGCCCGCUUGGCUCGACAUGAUUGACGAUGAGCAGCUCGAUGAUGUGAGCCUGUUCAUGGAUGACAACGACGGCAAGGCUGCAGCAGCAGCUGUUAUGGAGUAUCAGGAUGAGACGGGGAAUAGCUGGGAGCCCGGACAGCACAACCGCGAGCCUAUAGAAGCCAUAGGAAAAUGGGUCCGCCCUCAGGUCAUCGGGCAGGACCAAUAUCUCGGCGAGAAGGAAACAUACACCUCAGCUAGGUUGGUUGCUGAUGGCGGCGACGUGCUCACGAACCGAGAGUUCCAUGAGGAACUUGCCUGCGAAGAGCAGGUUACAACCGAUGAAUCCAACUGCGAUUCUCAAUCAGGUGUCACCGACCUCUCCGAAAACGUCGCCGUGUACGUCAAAUCGCUCGUCAGUGCCCAGUUCCAAGACGCCGAAGAGCUCGUCUCCCACCCGCGACCAGGCGAGUGCGAAAAUCGCCAGGACGAUAUUUGCGCUGCCCCUUCCAACACUUCCGAGGUUGACUACAACACAGAGCAUCUCGACUAUCAAUGGCAGCGCAACGAGCUCAAGAAGUACGGUGGUGCUCAAUGCGAGGCGCUCGUCGAGCUCCCAUCAAACCAUGCUCUCUUCGGCCGACUGCCCGACGGCAGCAUCCGCGUCUUCAAGGCGUUCAACACCGCCUUUCAGAUGAAAAACGGCAAGCUUGCCUUCGAUCCGCAAGAGGGAAGACUCCUCUAUGCCUUCAAGAAGUCAUUCAUUGACAAGGCGAAGGACACGACCGGCGCCAAGUUGUUGACCGUGGAGCAGGCCAACGCCCUGAAUUCCGGCUGCUUCGAGGAAUAUCGAGAUAGCUCUCCAAUAUGGAUGGAGGAUCGCGAUACUGAAGAUGUUCCGCUUGAGUAUGCGGACUUUGUCGUGAAACUGGAUCGAUCUACAAAGAAUCCAGUCAUGGUCGUUGAGCGCAAGGCCAUCCGCGCAGACUUGCCGGAAGAUCCCCAUGCCUUCUCCGCGGGUAUCCAAGGCCGGGAAGCCGCGCUUACGCUUGAACUCUACCAGGCGGACGAUGAAGGCGGCAAACGCAAAUCUACGCCUUCCGUUCAUGCGCUUGAAGGCGCUCGAUUCGAGAAUGGUCGCGGACUGUCCCAGUAUCGCGGAAAAGGCCUAGGUCUAGAUGUCAACGAAACACUACCGCAUCAGUCUGGCAGUUACGGCGAAGCUUAUAUCCAGUUUGCGAUUAAGAGCUUAGCGGUGCUUCAAGGCAAUCCGGAAUGGCACGCGCAGGCCGAACAGAUAAUGCUGAGACAAGCGCCAUCCGAGAUCUGCGGACCCUCUGCAUAUGCCGAAGACGAAGCAGAAGACGUGCUGUGGAUCUGGAACAAGCUAUCCCCGCGAACUGAUGGAACACCAUGGACCCUGAGAAAACUGGCCGAGUUAAACGUCUUCCUCCACAAGAACAAUAUUGGCCAUAACCCCUGGCUCGCGACGUUCAAGCUCUCGUUCAUGGACGGCUGCAAAGAUCCCAACGAGUUCAUACAGGUCUAUCGCCAGAUGACGAGCGAGGGAGAUUUCUUUAGGGGCUCUGAGACGGAUCCCCGUACUGAGAAGCUUGUGCGUGCGGCGUAUUUCCUUGCCCGCCGGGUUUGGAGGAGCGAGAGGUACUUCUGCGAGGAGCAACCAGAUUGUAGCUCCUUCAUUCCACCUCCAGUAGAUCCCGAGGUCACUGAACCCAACGACGCCUUCUUCCUCCUGCGCGAGCAACAUCCCGAUAGACUUAAUCCGGCCGCGCGUGUGCAUUGGUGGCGCCACUCUGUAAAGCAGGACGAGCUUCUGCCACACAAUCUGUUUGGAUAUUGCCCAGAUGGAGUCUUUGCGCACAACGAGCUUCGGGGCUAUCAAGAUAGUCGCGAGCCUGGGCCUAUACCUAUUGAAGUGCCUGAAUGGGCUCGUCCCCAAUGCGCAUCGGACUGUGUCGGCUCGGCUCCCGGUUUUGUCAUUUCAACUUCCGGCACACCUCUUGUAAACAAGCUCCAAGUCUGCGCUACUCAUUUCACUGAGACGGAGCAUUGCUGGAUCCUCCUCGGCCAUUGCGACAACGCUGAUGAGCGGGUCCAAGAGGCUAUUGACAUGCAAGUAUAUGAUCCGACUCGCGGUUUGACUACUGCGCAGCGCAUCCUGCAUGACUGGGAGAUGAAGAAGCAAUCGAAGAAUGGGGUGUCCUCGUUGGAUCUCGACCUGUCGUCCGUGGCGCAGGCUAGCAACCAGAAUCCGGCGGAUAGCGACAUGGUGUUUGCAACAGCCUAUCGGCCCGGACCUGCUUGCCCACCUGGUCUUUACGCUUCCCCCCAUGAGCGUUACGAGAACCGGAAGGCACUGGAUCAAGUCUCCGCUCCCAAGCCCACGCAGCUCACGCAGCCCACGCAGCCCGAUGCUCUCCAACUCCAGCGUAGUGGCUUUGCCUUGCCUGCUCUGUCCGCACCUCCAGAGCAAACACUUAUUUGUGAGGAGGUCAUGUCGCUGACUAACCAAGCGGAGGCUUGGAUGCCGCGACAGCCAGUUGCCGUCUCCCCGCAUGAGUACGACGAAGGUCAGGGUAGCGCGAUCUAUUGUGAACAUGAUCACCCAGAUGAUGACAGCACAAGCUCCGGGACCACUAUGACUGAGGUGUCAAUACCGGAGAAACCAGUCACCAUCUUCCCGCGUGAGUAUGAUGAGGGCCUGGUCCAGGAUGAACAUGCCCACCCAGCUGGCAGCACAAGCUCCGGCCCCACUCUAGAACAGCAGCAAGCCGCUAUGCUAAAAGUACUACUGCGCGUUCCAGGCUGGGAAUCCACACCCCUCACGCCCGAGCAGAAAUCCGGGCUCCUAAAGGACCUCCUAGGCAUCGGCCAGCCCCAGCGCUCUUCCCCUCAUGAUUCCGCCUACGCAUCCGGUCAUCGUUCACCGAUCGGUCCAUUCCAGACUGUUCCCGGAUAUCCACAGCGAAACGUCUAUGCCGCUAUAUACGGUGGAAAUGGCGCGGUCUAUGGCGGUUACCGGAGCCACGAAUCGGUGCAGACGGCCAUGCUGCUAGAGAUUCUGUCGAAGCGCGCCGCGACCCAUGAUUCCGGGUACGGGUCUGGUCAUGGCACUGCGGCUGGCCCGAACUAUGGCCCGUACAACCCCCAAAAUGUGCCGCCGUGGCGCAGGGGCUCAUCGGGUACGGAUAAGUUUGGAGCGGAUAUAGAGUCCGCGGAGUAGUAUUCGCCGAAGGGGCUCGGUGGCUGAUAGAUGGCGUUCAUAGGUGUGCAUAGGCGGGGAUCGUCGUUCUUGUUUUGUGA